CAGUGAUUUUCUGCUUUAAACAUCUUCAUUAACUGAAAAAUCGGUUCAGAAAUGUCUGUUUGGAUAGUAGUUCGAUUAAGUUUUGACCAUAUUUCACGCCAAACAAAGAGGAUGCAAAAAUGGCGUGGCGACGACCGGUUAAACCGGCACGGAUAAUAUCGACCUAAAAAGAUGUCUGUUGAAAAGGAACGAGAAACACCGGGGAACCUCGGACUUGGAGCUAUGGCAGAAGCAGAGGAACAGUUUGUGACAGAAGAUGGAGUUGAAGAAACUGUUGCGGUUACAGAUGCACAGGUUUUGCAAACACUGGAAAUACCCAAAACUCUCAUGCAGGAUGAUGCAGCAGGUGAUGGCUCUGGAGUAACACAGUAUGUUGUCGUCACACAGACUAAUGGCAGUGCAGAUCAAGAUGUUCAAACCAAGGAAGCUGAGGAAACAGUAGUGCUAAUGCAUGUAGAAGGAGAGGAAGCUACACAAAUAGUAACUCUGGAAGAAGAAGUAGUUGAAGAAACCACCGAAACAGUUCCAAUGGUAAUAGAUGGUGAUCAGCAAGUGAUCAAUGAUAGUGAUGGAGAGGAUACUGGUCUUCUUCAGCCAGGAGAGGCCUUAACUGGUGGAGCAGAUGAUGAGGGAGAAACAAGGAUAAUUAAUCUAGAAGUUGAUGAGGAAGAAGAGGAGGAUAGUGGAGACAAAGAUGUAGAGUCUGCAAAAGGUCGAAGUGAAGAUGAAAAGGAUCAAAACAAAGAUGAGGAUGAUGAAGAAGAGGACCAGGAUGACACACAGAAGCCAUCAGAUGACAUAAUGCAGCUUCCUGCACAAGCCAUUCAAGAUCAGACACUUGGAGCAGAUGAAGAUAAUGAUGAUCUACCAGAGUCUUCGCAAACAGCCAGCCCCAGUAAGCGUACUAUUCGAUCUCCUGAAAAACUGGCUGCUGCACGCAGAGCUGCAGAAACUGCUUUUGGCUUUGAUGAUCCAGAGCCAGAGAAAUUAGAAGAAGCACCUACAGCAGAAGAGCCUGUUCCUAGUCCUCGGCGGAGAGGGAGAGUACCAAAGUCUGACAAAGAACCUGAAACCUCUGAUAAAGAAAAAUCAGAAGCGAGUGAUAAAGGCACACCCAUCAUUGAAAAGAGACGUGGUAGACCUCCUAAAGAAAAGCCUCAAGAGGAUGAAGUUACAGCUGAAUCAGACACUGAUAAGAAAGCAAGAAAAAGCAAAAAACUUGACUCUGUUGAGAACAAAGACAAAGAAGUGAGGGAAAAAGAGAAAGAAGUUGAAGAGACACCUCGAAGGAGAGGGCGGCCACCUAAACGCUAUAUAGAUGAAGCUCCAGACCCCAAAGAGAAAGAAGAAAGAAAAACUCCUGGAUCUACUGGAAGGGGGCGGGGACGUCCCCGUAAGGAACCAGAGACUGAUGAAACGCCUAAAGCUGCAGAAAAAAGCACAAAAAGAGUUGCGGAGGGCACAACUCAGGCUUCCCAAGAACCAAGAGGAAGAGGUCGCCCAAAGAAGGAAGAUGUCUCAGAAGAAGGUACUACUCCACGUAGGGGUCGAGGGCGGCCAAGGAAAGAAGUUGCAGAAAUACGUACAGAUUCAGAAGAGGCAGAAGAGAGCAUGGAAGAGGAAGCAUAUGAAGGAGGAGCUCUUGAGGCUGAGGAAGACGGGAAGCCACGAAGGUCUGGUCGCCAGCCUGUUAAAAAGGCAUUUAGUGAUGAAAUUGGCAAGAACAGUCCUCAAAAGAAAGUCGAGUCUGACAAGGGAAAAGUUAGGGUACCCAGAGAAGAAGAUUCAGUCACUCCUGGUAGAAGAGCUCGAGUCAGGUCUCGUAGGGAAGAUGAAGAUGAUGGUUUGACAGAACAAGAAAGGCAAAUGGUAUCAGAAGACACAGAAGAAAGUGGACGACGUACUGCACGAAAACGAACGCAAGAUGAUGAAGACUCUUCUAGUUCUCAUUCUGGAUCUCAAUCUGGACCAUCUCCAGCACGUAAAAAGCCAAGAUCACAGGCUGAUAUUCAGAUUCUUCCAGCAGGCAUGGCUAGGGUAAAAGAAGAACCUGUGGAGGAAGAAGAGCCUCCACAGUUGGUUGCCCCACCACCCCCAGGCACUCCAGCUGCUCCAACUGUGCACAUUAUUGCUUCACAGUCAAUCACUCACAUUGGAGGUUUGACAAGCACUCCAAUCACCCUACACCAAGAUAGUUACAGCUUUGAUGAACUUGAUACUACAGAUGUCAGCCGAUUGGAGGUUUCAAGUAUGGAAGAUGCAAGCAUCAUGUCCACCCAAGGAACACAGACACCACAGGAACCUGAAUUUGUGGAGGUGCAAACAAUUUAUGAGUCUUCAACAAGAAGAUCGGUACAGACACAGACUGAUCCUCGGCUUAAGAAGAAGAAGUUUGGGCCUCUCAACGUAGAUGCUGAAGUAGACACCAUGGACUUUGAAGAUGAGGAUGAUGACGAAUAUGAAGAUGAGACUGGUCGACGCAGAAGGCGACGAGGGGAUGAUGACAUCAGUCUUUUUGAAGACAGUGAGCCUCGUCGCAAAUCCAUCAAAAGAAACACAGAAGAGGCUUUGAAGUGUCCAUUCUGUGACAAAGCAUUUAUAGGGCUGGUAAAGCAUAUCAAGAGCAAGCACUCGGAAGAAGCAGAUUUUGAAGAGGAAAUGCGCAAUGCUAAAUGGCGAGAACGAAUUAUGAAAGUAUCAACUACAGGUUCUGAGGAGCUUGGAGACACUUGUACUGAGUGUGGCAAGGUGACCAAGAACAUGAAGCGUCACAUGGAACUACAUCAACAGAAUCGCAUGCAGAUUCCAUGUCCCAUCUGUUCUAAGGUGGUCUUAAAAACUGGUAUGAGCUCUCACAUGCGCACUGUCCAUUCAGGCCGCAAACCAUACAAGUGCCCUCACUGUGACUAUUCUUCUGCCUUCCGUGGAAAUCUGAACACUCACAUUAAGGGUAUGCAUUUGCAUACACGCCAGUACCUGUGCAACACCUGCAAAGCUGCUUUUAAGACUCUGGGUGCAUUGAUUGGUCACACAAAGCGUGUGCACGAAGGCUGGAAGUCACCCAAUCAAAAGAUUUUCAUUUGCUCGGUAUGCGAAAAGCGUUUCACCAAGAAAUACCAUGUUGAUCGCCAUAUGCUGAUUCACACUGGUGAAAAGCCACAUAAGUGCACUGAUUGUGGACGCUGCUUCAACAACAAGUCCAAUCUGAUGUCACAUAUACAACUGGUACAUAAGAAGCUUUCUCCAUACAUGUGUGACAUGUGUCAUGAGACCUUCAAGCGUAAAAAGUUACUGCUAGAGCAUAUUGGAAAGGUUCAUGUUGCUCAUGGUGAGGCAGCAAAGGCUAUGCAAGCAUACAUUCGUAAAAUUGAAGAGGAGGCCCCAGAUGACAUGGAAGUUGAGGAUGGAGAGCAUGAGGGUACCCGCACCAUAACAAUAGCUACUCAGGGCGAGGAUGACGGAAACACCGUCUAUGCCCAGGUGUCAGAUGGUACAUACCAGGCUGUUGUGACUGAUGCCUCGCAGGUUCUGCAAGGCCAGACAUUCACUACACUUCAGACAGAGGGAGGACAAGAGACAAUCAUCAUUGUGCAGGCAGCUGAUCCUAAUGAAGUCACACAUGCCAUCGUAGAGGGAGAAGAAGGUGCGGUACAGUUUGCCAUGCAGUCUGCAGAUGAUGAAGCACCAACCUCUGCCACCAUCUUUACCGCACAAAUGCAAACAUAAAAGUAGAAACUGAAAAUCUCACAACUCUGUAGGCUGGAUAUCUUUUGUAUAAUCUCCAAGUGAUGCCUUUCAUCUGAAGAAAUAUAUGACAAGAACAAGACUGUUGUAGAUGGUUAAUCCUUCCGCAAAUGAAUGGUCAGACACGAUUUUGCCCCAGUGACUUUUCUUUCAUACAGUUUUAUAGAUAAUUUGAAUUGAAUGUUACAAAAUCACAAAAUAGUUUCAUUGAACUUUGGUUGCAUUUUAUUUGUGGUUUUGGUGAUGACCAGGAUUUAUGCACAUGCAUGCGAACGUAAAAUGUAAAAUUCAGUGUCAAAAUAGCAUUGAUGCCAUCAUUUAAACGGAGAAAAAAAUAUGACCAUGUGCUUCUUCUACUAGGGUAUGUUGGAAUGUAAUUUACAGCUGUUUACCUUACUUACUUUAUACUUGUGCUAUGGAAUUAUAAAAAAAAAUGAUUUUACUUUUUGUUUGAUAAGGAAAUGAUUAUUUUUGAGAAGCUUAUCCCCUUACCCCCUGGUCUGCUUAUGAAAUAUUUUAAAGUCAUAUUAAAUGUUGAAUGCAUUUGUUUUAUGAGGCAUUUCUUCACACAUUUGUAGUAAACUUGACCAGGUCUUUACAAAAAAUUCUUUGCAAACAAUAUAAAAGGAUGGUAACUUUACAGAUGCCAAAUUCUUAAAGAACAAAAUGGAAUAAGCCAUCCUUAAAUAGCUGAGCAUAAUUAUUUUCAGACCAACCCAUCCCCAUGAUCAUUUUUGUCAUUAUUCAGAAUGGAAUAUAGAUGUAUAUUGGUGAACAGUAUACAAUUAUCUUACCUUUAUUGAAAUUUUGUGACAAUCUAAGAAAUCUACUCUUCAAAUUCCUGGGCUGUUGGAUUUUUCCUUUUAUGAUUUGUUGGUUACUCUCCAUUUGUACAAACUUUAAGCAUUUGAAUAAAGCUGUGCAAGGUUGGGAAAUAGGCUGAGUAAAGAACAUUUUAUAAUUCCAUACUUGCAAGACUAAUUUUAUCACAAUGUAGCAGAAGUCUCUCUUUCUAGCUUCCAUGCACAAAUGUACAUUUAUUUUAAAGAUUCUAUGGUGCAUGAAUUGUAAAGUAUUACAUUCUUUAAUAACCUGGCUAAACUAGUUAUUCCCCCCUUUCCUAUCACAUAUUUCAUACCACAGAAGAGUGAGAAGAAUAUAUUACAAAAUAUUUCCCCCAGUUCCACCUUGGAAAAGUACCUUUAAGGCUCCUGUUGCAAUGGCCUUUAUGCAUGUAUUUUUCAGCAAUACAUAAAGCUAUGAUUACCAUGGUGAAAAGGUUUGAAUGUGAUGAAUGCUAUCAUUUUUCAGUUUAACAAAUGUCAAGUAUGCUGAACCAUUUGCAUUUCUCAUUUUCCCAUGUUGAUACAAAUUUAUGAGCUGUAUAAAAUAGAGGAGACUGCACCUAUUUUGUUUUGCAUGUUAUAAAUAAAGCAUUUCUACUUUUUUUGUAGGAAUGUGCAUUCAACCUUUUUUUAAUUUUAUGGGAAAGAGGGGGGGGGGGGUUAAAUGGAGAAAAGGCAACACUGACCAAUUAUUAUGGGUUUUUUCACUGUUGCUCAGUGUGGGAAUUUUUUUGUUAAUACAUUUGCAUGUUUCAUUUGGGUCACACUGUAAAUGUCUGUUGCAGUAGAACCAGCUUUGUGCUUGCUUGCCAUCCGAGCUUUAGACUUAAAAGUGUUUUUGUUGUGUCUCCAAUAUCAUUCCUUAUAAGGUUUUCUGUAUCUAGUAGUUUGACAUUUCAUCAUUUUACAAGAAAGUAUGGUUUAAACAUUUUUAUCACAAACAAUAGGCUGAACUAGCUCCUUUAGUGAUCCUCUCUGUCCAUGAUAUAUUUAUCACCCAUUUAAAGGCAUCCAUUGAUAAUUAUUUACAGACAUCUAAAUAAAUUUUAGGACUAUAAUGCAAUCCAUAAUGACCAUCUGAAAUGCCAAUGGAUCAGCAAGCAAUGAAUUUUACUGCAAUUUAUUUUCAUCAUCGAUAAUGUACCAUUCGGCCUGCUGUUUGCCAAUCUUUGUACAUGUUGUUGACAUUGUCACAAUAAACCUUUGUUUGAUA